AUGGUGCUGGAACGCAUUAUGUUCUUAACAGUCCCCAAAAUGGAGGUAGAUAUGAUAACCAAAAGACCGUUAACGGCUAAUACACCUUAUUCAGUUUUAACAGACGAGCAGCUGAAAAACAUUAAACAGAAUCCCAGCACCUUUUUCAUGGGACCAGCUGUAAGAGAAGAAAUGAGUCAAGAGCGAAAAGAAACCGAAAAACCCAUAAAAGCUCGCUACGCCUACUCAAUGAAUAGUACGGUAGCCCGACCAGGAUAUCCUACUGAAAAGGCUUGCUAUAUAGGGGAACAAUUUAGUCGAUUUCCAGACGCCAAUCACGAUACGUGUAGACUAGGAGCAGGAGAAAGAUGGGGGCCACAAAAAGCUGGCUUACGAACAUUGCAACAUUUUGAAAAAGACCAUGACCCAAAUCGCCUGUUAAUGAUUGACAUGUACAGACGACCAAUCACCAAUCUUCCUGGUAAAAAUAUUAUGAAAUUUGGAAGAGCAGCAGACGGCUAUUACCAAGAGAGAUUUCCUGAUCGACUCACAACACGAUUUGAGACCUCUUGAUUGCCUAGAAAAAAUAUUUAUGUAUAAAAUUGUAAUUUGUUUGUUGUAUAUAAAUGGUGAAAAUAAAUUAAAUGUAUUUAUUAACAAA